AUGGCCGCUUCAUUCGCUCGCCUCGCGGGCAAUGCGCCCAAGAGACUGUGUCUCCGCCCCUCCAACUUGAUCAACACAUCCGUGCCACGAUCCCGUUCGAUCGCGACCACCGUACCUCGUCGUCACGCCGAGGCUACCAGCUUUCAAGCCACAAGGCUAGUCCCGACCGACCCGACCUUCACGCACUUUGCCAACAAGGGUCCCGCCGAGGAUGAAGCUGCCGGGCUCGAAUCCGCCGCUGAAGGCAUCGACCGGAAAAUCCGUCACUACACUGUCAACUUUGGUCCCCAGCAUCCCGCAGCACACGGUGUGCUUCGUCUGAUCUUGGAAUUGAACGGAGAGGAGAUUGUUCGUGCUGAUCCUCACGUCGGUCUGCUUCACCGUGGUACCGAGAAGUUGAUCGAGUACAAGACCUACAUGCAAGCUUUGCCCUAUUUCGACCGAUUGGACUACGUUUCCAUGAUGACCAACGAGCAAUGCUUCUCUUUAGCUGUUGAGAAGCUGUUGAACGUCGAAAUUCCCGAGCGCGCCAAGUGGAUCCGAACUAUGUUCGGCGAGAUCACUCGUAUCCUCAACCACCUGAUGUCCGUUCUUUCACACGCCAUGGACGUGGGUGCUUUGACUCCCUUCUUGUGGGGUUUCGAGGAGCGUGAGAAGCUGAUGGAAUUCUACGAGCGUGUCUCAGGUGCUCGUCUCCACUCCGCCUACGUUCGCCCGGGUGGUGUGUCCCAGGAUCUCCCUCUUGGCCUUCUCGACGAUAUCUAUCAGUGGGCCACUCAGUUCGGUGACCGUAUCGACGAGACCGAGGAACUGCUCACGGACAACCGUAUCUGGAAGGCCAGAACUCAGGGUGUCGGUGUUGUCAACGCUGCCGAUGCUCUCAACAUGAGUUUCACUGGUGUCAUGCUUCGUGGCUCUGGUGUUCCCUGGGAUAUCCGCAAGUCUCAGCCCUAUGAUGCCUAUGACCAGGUUGAAUUCGAUGUCCCCGUCGGUGUCAACGGUGACUGCUACGACCGUUAUCUGUGCCGUAUGGAGGAGUUCCGUCAGUCCCUUCGCAUUAUUCACCAAUGCUUGAACAAGAUGCCCGCUGGUCCUGUUCGUGUUGAAGAUUACAAGAUCAUGCCCCCACCUCGUGCCGCCAUGAAGGAGAACAUGGAGGCUCUGAUUCAUCACUUCCUCCUGUUCACCAAGGGUUACUCCGUUCCUCCUGGAGAGACUUACUCUGCUAUUGAGGCCCCCAAGGGAGAGAUGGGUGUGUUCUUGGUCAGUGACGGCAGCGAGCGCCCGUACCGUUGCAAGAUUCGUGCCCCCGGUUUCGCUCACUUGGGUGGCUUCGAUCAAGUGUCCCGAGGUCACUUGCUGGCCGAUGCGGUCGCCAUUAUUGGUGAGAUUGCUUCUCCUCUAUAUGAUACUCUGUCAAAUGUGCUGACUUCUGAUUCCACAGGUACCAUGGAUCUGGUGUUCGGUGAGGUUGACCGGUAA